AUGGAGCUAACUGAUAACAGUAAUAAUAAUAAUAAUAAUAAUAAUAAUAAUAAUAAUAAUAAUAAUAAUAAUAAUAAUAAUAAUAAUAAUAAUAAUAAUAAUAAUAAUAAUAAUAAUAAUAAUAAUAAUAAUAAUAAUAAUAAUAAUAAUAAUAAUAAUAAUAAUAAUAAUAAUAAUAAUAAUAAUAAUAAUAAUAAUAAUAAUAAUAAUAAUAAUAAUAAUAAUAAUAAUAAUAAUAAUAAUAAUAAUAAUAAUAAUAAUAAUAAUAAUAAUAAUAAUAAUAAUAAUAAUAAUAAUAAUAAUAAUAAUAAUAAUAAUAAUAAUAAUAAUAAUAAUAAUAAUAAUAAUAAUAAUAAUAAUAAUAAUAAUAAUAAUAAUAAUAAUAAUAAUAAUAAUAAUAAUAAUAAUAAUAAUAAUAAUAAUAAUAAUAAUAAUAAUAAUAAUAAUAAUAAUAAUAAUAAUAAUAAUAAUAAUAAUAAUAAUAAUAAUAAUAAUAAUAAUAAUAAUAAUAAUAAUAAUAAUAAUAAUAAUAAUAAUAAUAAUAAUAAUAAUAAUAAUAAUAAUAAUAAUAAUAAUAAUAAUAAUAAUAAUAAUAAUAAUAAUAAUAAUAAUAAUAAUAAUAAUAAUAAUAAUAAUAAUAAUAAUAAUAAUAAUAAUAAUAAUAAUAAUAAUAAUAAUAAUAAUAAUAAUAAUAAUAAUAAUAAUAAUAAUAAUAAUAAUAAUAAUAAUAAUAAUAAUAAUAAUAAUAAUAAUAAUAAUAAUAAUAAUAAUAAUAAUAAUAAUAAUAAUAAUAAUAAUAAUAAUAAUAAUAAUAAUAAUAAUAAUAAUAAUAAUAAUAAUAAUAAUAAUAAUAAUAAUAAUAAUAAUAAUAAUAAUAAUAAUAAUAAUAAUAAUAAUAAUAAUAAUAAUAAUAAUAAUAAUAAU